CGGCUGGGAGCGAAUCCGGGGAUCCCGUCCCACCCCGCCCCCACCAGCCCCUCUCUGCUCCUCCCUCCCUCCCCCCUCUGCCCUCCUCUCUCGAAAAAAAGAAGGCAGAAAAUAAACUCCCUCCUCGUCAGUUGCUCGAGGGGGCUGCGUCAGCCGAUAGCUCUGCCGCGCGGUGUCGUUUCCGCGGCGAUCCUGCCCCUCCGCCGCCGCCGCGCCCGCGCGCGCCUACGAGGAUCCGUCCGCAGUCUGCUCCACCGGGCAUUUCACCAGAGGAGCAGAGCGGAGGCAGCGGCCAAGAAGAAGAUCAUUUCGACAUCAGAAGCAGCAGUGAGAUGACCAUUCAAAAAAGGAUGCAGCAGUGAGCGACGGGGGAUACGGACGCCACCACUGUUGCCGCGUGGUCGGAAUCGCUGCUGUGAUCGGGACGUUUGAGGAACUGUGUGAUCUGGUCUACCUAAGCAGAGCAGGGGAGAAGUAAGCGAUCGAGCGGCCGGCGGGCGUGAAAGAGAGAAGAAGCGAAGAUGCUGGCAUGCAUCGCCUGCUCGACCAAGGACGGUGGAGAGGACGGCUCCCGUGCUGUCGGCGCACCCAACGGCAGGGACGCCGGCAAGUCCCUCACCUCACAGCUCAAGGACAUGGUGCUCAAGUUCUCCGGCUCCGGCAAGCACUACAAGGCCACCGGGAGCCCAUCGUUCAGGGGCAACCGCUUCCACCGGUCGAGCCGGCUGGCCGCGUACCCGGGCAUCAUCGACGACUCGGGCUUCACGUCCGACGGGGCCGGCGAGGCGUACACCUACACGAGAACAACGUCGAGCGCGGGCGCCCCGUCCACAACGUGGGACAUGCCCAAGAUCAACCAUGGCUUCCAGCCGCACGCGAGGAACCCGAGCGCGAGCUGGAUACCGAGCAUCGGGGAGGAGGCCGAGGAGGACGACGAGGAGGCCGUCGUCCUGGAGGAAGACCGCGUGCCGAGGGAGUGGACCGCGCAGGUGGAGCCCGGCGUGCACAUCACUUUCGUCUCCAUCCCCGGCGGCGCCGGCAACGACCUCAAGCGGAUCCGCUUCAGCCGGGAGAUGUUCAACAAGUGGGAGGCGCAGCGGUGGUGGGGCGAGAACUACGACCGCGUGGUGGAGCUGUACAACGUGCAGACGUUCCGGCAGCAGGGCCUCUCGACGCCGUCGUCCUCCAUCGACGACGCCAUGCAGAGAGAGUCAUUCUACUCCCGCGCGGGCUCGACGAGGGAGAGCCCGGUGGUGCUGCCGCCGUCCGCGGCGGCGGCGAGCAGGGAGCGGCCGAUCACCCGGACCGCGUCGUACAAGGCGGCGUGCCACCCGUCCACGGCCGUGCCGGACCCGUCCGACCACGUGUGGGCGCACCACUUCAACAUGCUCAACACGGCGGCGGGCGCGUCGUCGAUGCCGUCGAGCGCGGGCGCCCCGCCGCCCUACGACCCGUCGCGCGCCACCACGUCGUCGCUGGACGAGGCGUCCGUGUCGGUGAGCAACGCGAGCGACCUGGAGGCGACGGAGUGGGUGGAGCAGGACGAGCCCGGCGUGCACAUCACCAUCCGCGAGCUCGGCGACGGCACCCGCGAGCUCCGCCGCGUCCGCUUCAGCCGGGAGCGGUUCGGCGAGGAGCGGGCCAAGGUGUGGUGGGAGCAGAACCGGGACCGGAUACACACGCAGUAUCUGUAGCAGCGAGCGGGACACCACUGAAGCAGCUAACACGUACGUACGUCAGGUGACUCAGGUCCGGAUGGGACUCGUAGGUUAGAGUGAUGGUGAUGGUGUGAUACUUACUGUACUAAAGCUAGUGCUGCCGUUAGUCCAUUCGUCUUGAGAGGCGGCAGGUUGAUGGUUCAUGCUGCUGCGCCUUGUGUAAAAUGUGUUUACCGGACAGUUACCGGUUCUUUUUUUUUUGGAUCGGUUUGUAUGUUCCUGAACAGUGUGAAUGUGUGAUUCGUUUGUUUCUUUGUUUA